AUGUGCUUUCAAGGGAAAGGCGUGUGUGUCUUGCCGAGUGGUGUUUGGCGAGUUAAAGAUCCCUCAAAACAUCUUGAUCCUGGUUAUAGAUUAACCACCAUUGCUGACAAUCUACCUUUGACUGAGUAGAAUUCCUCUUUGGCACUUAACCAGUGAACAAUGGCAAGUAUUGCCAAGUUUAAUAUUGAUGCCCCUCGCUGGGACCAGAAUACUUUUUGGGGGCGUGUAAAGCACUUUUUCAACAUCACAGAUCCACGGACGCUGCUGGUGUCAGAGCAAACGUUGGAUUCAGCGAAGACAAUUGUAGAGAACUGCAGGGCAGGUUCCGUCCCCCCUGGAACCAGUGAGGAACAGCUUUUCUAUGCCAAGAAGCUUUAUGACUCGGCUUUCCAUCCCGACUCAGGGGAGAAAAUGAAUUUAAUAGGGAGAAUGUCAUUUCAAGUCCCUGGAGGAAUGGCUAUCACAGGCUGCAUGCUGCAAUUUUACAGAACAGUCCCGGCUGUGGUGUUUUGGCAGUGGGUAAAUCAGUCUUUUAAUGCCAUUGUGAAUUACACCAACCGGAAUGCAGCUAGCCCCAUCUCGGUCAAGCAAAUAGGAGUGGCUUAUUUCACCGCUACCAGCACUGCCUUGGCAACUGCUGUGGGACUCAAUCUUUACACUAAGAGAGCACCAUCCCUUAUGGCACGCUGGGUCCCAUUCGCAGCAGUAGCUUCUGCCAACUGUGUGAAUAUCCCCUUGAUGAGGCAACAGGAACUUAUUAAUGGGAUCACAGUGACAGACGAAAAUGACAAUACUCUGGGAAAGUCCAGGAGAGCUGCAAUCAAGGGGAUAACUCAGGUGGUGGUUUCCCGCAUUGUUAUGGCUGCUCCUGGCAUGAUAAAUAUCAGCUCUGUCUUACCACAAUUAUCUGUGACAGAACUCAUAAAUCAAUUUUUGUCUCCUCUGCCAAUAUUACAUCACCUCAAUAACACUUUGUCUUUGGGCCAGUAUCAAGCAGCCUUUAAGCACUUAGGAGAACAAUGUGUUUUUUUUUCUUUUAGUUCAAUUGCAAUUUCGCACCUGGAACCUGAACUCAGAGAACGAAUUGUAGCUGAACAUGGGGACAAAGUGACUUUUGCCUAUUUUAAUAAGGGUUUAUGAGUGAAAACUGCCUGGACUUGGUGCCUAUGGACUCCUGGACAAACACCUUUGUAGAGUGUUGUCAGGAACAGAGCUUGGAAUAUUCCAGAAAGAGCAGCACUCCAUCUCCUUUCUUCUUUUCCUUUUGUGUGUUUGUGUGUCUGGCUAUAGAGAGAAAUCUAGGCAAAUCUGAGCCCUUCUUUCUGCUAUAUCUUCAUGGUGACAAAUGUUUGGGUUUUAGAAUAUGUCAUUUUCUGCGUUAUGGCAAUGGUGAGAAUGCAUUACUUGUAGCCAAUUAGUCAGCAAUGGAAUUACUUGGAAGCAGUUAUUCCAAGCCUUAAGUCCUCCUUGAUCCUUUGCGGGCACAAAAUAUUUCCUGAACCAUAUUCCUCUGUGUUUUGAAGACCAUAACUAAGUGUCUCUAAUCCAAAAGGAACCUGCAGCUCCACACACAGUUACUUAGGAGCAAGUUUUGCAUAACUCAAGAGAGCCACUUCUGAAAAAACAAACAUAGUGCUGCAUUUUGAUUUAGAAAUUAAUUUUUAACAUCAGUUCAUCCUACUUCACCUAUUAUAAAUUCUUUUUAAUUGAACCAGACUAUAUUAUUAAAAUACACUAUUAAUCAAGGCAUUUAUGAUUAUAUUAUCAUGCUUAAGGUGCCAAAAUAGAAAUUUGUUCAUUCUGUAGGUAUAUUCUCAUUUACCUAAUGCUUUGUUAACAUUUAAUUACUAAUAAUAAAUUAGUAAUUAAUAAAUGUUAAAUAGGAGCCAAUUCAGAACCUUGCUAGAGAGCAUAAUUAUGCAGUCUUGCAACAUAUAUAAUAUCCUUUAAAUUAUCUAUUAGUUUAGUUUGACAACUUUAUCUUCAAUCAUGUACAAAUGAGCAGUAUUUCUGAAAACAGCUGGUUGCUUUUUUUUCUGCUCCUGAACUUGUCAGUAAUUUUCCUUAAUUCAUAAUGUUGUUUAAGAAAUGUAGCUAGAACAGUCUAGCAUCCUUUUCCCACAAUGCACUGGAAGAUACUCCCUGGGUAUCCAUGUCCCUUAAAUUGUACAUGAAAGUGUACAAAUAUGAGUCUUCAUUUAACAGGAUAUUCUUUAUUGCAUGUUUCAAAAGUUUUCCUGCAUUAAUUAGCAUGAAAACUAUUUUUAUUCUCCUUAAAAUCACGAUAGGCUACCUUUUGUGACACAUGGGGGUUGAUUGAAAACAAGAAUUAGAAGUUUAGAAAUGUAUGUGUUUUUAAAUAAAAAGGAAGAGCAUUUAGCUAAGGUUGCUAUUAAAAACCUAAAUUUUAUAAGUAAUCCACCAAAGUAGCAUGGAAAGGUAGGACAAGGGAUACCUGCAGCUCCUUAGUGUGGUUUAGCCAUUUUGCAAUCAUUAAAAGGGAAAUGAUGCUUUUACAACCGGAGGGAUUAGUCUGAAGGACAACUUGCCUGAAGUGACCUGAAUUAUCCCAAUGAUUACUAUACCUGUCUUUUAGAAGGACAGAUUAAGGCCAACUGAUGCUCUAAGCAUGGCAGUGAUGCCUCUCAUCCUCCGAUUGCUUAACUGACAGACUCAAUAAGCACUGAAAAGUUACUUUGUGCAUGGCAAUGAAAAAGUUAAGGGCAUAAUACAGGUAGUCCUCGACUUACAACUAACUGAGCGCAAAAUUUCUGUUGCUAAGUGAGACAUUUAUUAAGUGAAUUUUGCCCUAUUUUACAACCUUUGUUGCCACAAUUUGUUAAGUGAAUCACUGCAAUUAUUAAGUUAGCAG